AUGUCAGAUCGUUCCGUGCUCAUCGUGGGCGGCGGUGUCUUUGGCACCUCGACGGCCUACCACCUGUCCCAGAGGGGCUACAAGAAGGUCACCGUCCUGGACCGCUUCGAUGCCCCGUCCAAGGACUCGGCGGCGACCGACCUGAACAAGGUCGUGCGCGCCGACUACCCCAACCCGCUCUACACCAAGCUCGGCCUCGAGGCCAUGCAGGAGUGGAAGGACCCCAACUCCAUCUUCAAGGGCCUGUACCGGGAGACCGGCUGGAUCAUGUCGGCGCACAGCAUGACCAGGGACUGGCUCGAGAGCGCGCGCAAGACGGCCGAGAAGACCGGGCGCAAGGGCGUCAAGUACAUGUCGGCCGAGGAGAUGCGCAAGACGUGGCCGGCACUGACGGGCGAAUUCCCGGACUGGACCAACCUCUGGAGCCCGGCAGCAGGAUGGGCCCCCUCUGGCCAGGCAGUCCUCCGCAUGGCGAAUGCGGCCCGAAGCAACGGCGUCAGAUACAUCUGCGGCGACGCAGGAUACGUGAGGAAGCUGAUCUACGAGGCGGACGGCACUUGCACCGGCGCUGUCGCUGCCGACGGCACUGUCCACAAGGCCGACGUUGUGCUCCUGGCGAGCGGCGCGAACACGGCGACGCUGGUCGAGCUAGCCAAGCAGGAGGUCUCUGCGUAUUGCUCGGCCAUCAUGGUCAUCCAGCUCGAGCCGCACGAGGUGGAGAAGUACAAGAACAUCCCGAUCAUUGACGACUUUGAGCAAGGCAUCAUCUUCCCUCCCGAUGAGAACGGCAUGAUCAAGCUGUGCAGUUGCCGGUGUGUUACGAACUACAGGAACAAGUUUGUCCCGGGAUCAUCGAUUCUUCACUCGCUGGGAGACUACCCGCACGACGGUUGCCCCAAGGAGAUUGAGGAUGAGAUGCGCGUCUUUAUCAGGGAGAUGAUCCCCGAGCUGGCGGACAGGCCGUUUGUCUCGACCAAGAUGUGCUGGGACGGCAUGGCUGGCGAUCUCAACUUCAGAGUGUGCCCGUACCCCGAGAAGAAGAACCUCUACGUGGCGACGAUCGGAUCCAACCACGGGUUCAAGUUCCUGCCGGUCAUCGGCAAGUACGUGGCUGACAUGCUGGAUGGCAAGCUCGGCCAGGAGUGGCUGGACCUGUGGCAGUGGAAGUACGGCAAGAUCCCCGAGGGUUUCCAGGACCCUCAUCCCUACCCUACGCGGGACUUGUCCGAGCUCACGGGCUGGCGCGAGAGGCAUGCACCCGGAAGGGGCAAGCUGCCUUGGACGUGGAGUCAUAACACAGCCAAGACUAUUAUUGUGGUCCACGAACUCAGCUCCAUGUCGAUGGGGAAAGGCAGAGGACGCAAGGCUGUGGCCUGCCAGGCAUGUCACGGCCACAAGGUCAAGUGCAGCGGUGAGACGCCUUGCCAGAGGUGCCGAGCACGCGGUCGAGAAUGCCGGUACCCUGUCAGGGACCAGAUGCUGGCUGUGCCUGAGAGCUACCUGCGCGAGUUGGAGAGACAGGCUGCUUUUGCGAGGAACAACCCGGCCAGCUCGAGCGCAGGAUCUCCCCCGAACCGCGAGAUAGUGGCAAAGAUGGCUCAGUCAGAGAGCACCAACAGCCAAGAGACGCUGCUCGGGAAUAGCAGCGCAGAACGCUUCGUCCAAAAGUUGAAAGAGGCAUCCUCAACAGCCAAUGACGAGUUCGACCCCGUCUCGCCAAAUACAAUCACGUCCUUGUCUGCAGCCAAGUACACCUAUUCGCGGCUAGACUUUGACUUUCUUCACCCUGAGGUCUCUUUCAAAUUGCCGCCUCGCCCAUAUGCCUUUCACCUCUUGGAGGUCUUCGAGGAAGGUUUCUGUGACUACCACUUCUAUCGUCGGCGGAUAUUCCGAGACCGGCUGCAUGAGACAUACGCCAAUCCUGGAUCACAGGCGAGGGAUCGGAAUUGGUUGUGCAGAGUCUCGGUGGUCCUCGCUCUUGCUGAGUCGUGGGAUCGGGGGAGGUAUCCAGCACAGACCGAUGGUCUUGGAGGGUCGUCACAGCCGUUUCCACCGCAGAUAUCCGGCCACGACGAUCUGUCUCCUCCUUCAGAUGCGGCCUUGCUAUCUGAUUCGGCUGCCCCGCCUCUGCCUCCGGGAUCUGGGUUCUUCCAGCAGGCCCUGAUGCUUCUCAAGAUCUCGCUCGAGGAGCCUACUGUAGAGGACGUGGAGGCACUCAACCUCAUCGCAAUGUACUGUUACUUACUCAACCGACGAAAGACGGCAUACUCUUAUGCCGGCCAGAGCAUUCGGCUAGCGAAGCUGCUGUCUCUGGACGAGCCGACCGCCACCCCUCUCGAAUCACCCUAUGCGGAGACUCCCCGUGCCAGCGAAGCGAGGAUCAACGCUGAACAUCGAAAACGGGUCUGGUGGACGUCCUUCUGCAUGGACCGGAUGGUGAGCACGGAGCUCGGGCUGCCGCCGCUGCACGAGUCUGUCGGCAAAGGCUUGUCGCUGCCUUCAGAGUCGGCGUUGUUGAUGCCGCACGAGCGAGAGGAGUUCUUCGACCACCAGCUGCUCACUGCCCAUGCACAGUUGUGUCUUCUCAAAGACAAAGUGGUCGACACCGUUACUCAUCAUCUCCGUCUGAAGGAAAGCGACCACCCGUUGGACGUUCUCAACUCGUGCAUCGAGAUGCUCCAAAACUGGAAGGCGAGCCUACCGACCCACAUGUCGUUCAGUUUUGAAGAAGGCAUUCCUGCCAAGAUGGUCGAGCUGCCCUGCACAAGGAUCCUCGCCUCACUGUAUCUGAGACAUCACCAGUGCUUCAUACUACUUCUUCGUCCCCUUUUCUUGCAGGAGAUUUCAGCCUUGUUUCUGCGACAAAAGGCAUCGCGUUGCCCCCCUUCUAUACUGCAGCCAACCGAAUCUCUACUGCCGGAGUGGAACGCUGGUGCCAUGCCCCUCAAGUUGCAAUGUCUCGAUGCGGCUCGCAAGAACGCCAGGAUACUCAUCGACCUCUGGACCAUUGGCAAGAUAGCUAAAUUUGGAUACUGGGAAUCACUGCAUCUGUUCUCCAGCCUCGCCAUUCUGUCGCUGUCACGUGCAGUCAUCACGCCUGAUAUGCUGCUCUCAUCCAUGACCGCAGUCCCAACGGAUCUUGACGACCCCGACCUAUAUACGCGAGCCCGUGCCUUGUUGGAAGAAAUGGCACGUGUUGGCAACCUCUCCGCCAAGGACCACAUGAGCCUCCUCGCAGACGUGGAGGACAUGGUGGCACGGUGUUUGGCCGAAUCAAGGGCGACCGCUCAGGUCGGAACGGAGAACAUGACGCUGUUCGACAUGCAAGGCGUAGACAACAUAUUCGAGCCGAGUUUUGAGGGCUUGAUAGACGAGCAGGUUUGGCACGAUCUUGACUGGGAGAACUUGCUCAGAGGUUGGGCCGAGAUCAACUACCCAGGAUGA